UUCUUCCGGUGUAAACAACCUUCUUGGAACAAAAAAAAAUUGCAGCUUUAAGAUCACCAAGUUCAACUUAGAAAUACUUCUGUUUCACCUGCGGAAAACAGAAAAGAUAUUUUGCAUGGCUACAACCAGGAGAACAAUUGUACAGGAUGAACUACACAAGUUCCUGGUGAAGCAUAGUCUGGACUAUAACAUGCUGGACAUCGACGAUGUGGUGUUGGACUAUGUGAUAACUAUUCUGGAGGACCUUGGUAAUGGAGAGGAUGUGGAAGAGAACAUAGAUGUGGACCAGUUUAUAGAGAUGAUGGAUGCCUAUGUUCCUGGGUUUGGAGAAAUCACAAGUGUAGACAUUUGUGAAUGGAUGUUUCAACUUUCAUCCAAUCUUGCUGGGAAACAAACAGCCAGUGUACCAACCAGACACAGACAGACCUCCAUCAGUGAAGACCUCCUAGAGGCCAUAACCCCCUCAACCAGUGACAUACAGAAUACAAACUGUGUAAAGGAGAAAGAUGCUCCAAAGGAAGAAGAGGAGGAAGGUGAUGAAAUAAAAAUUCUGAGGGAAAUGUUUCCAGCAGCUUGUGCAAUGGAGGUGACCCACUGCCUUGGACUUGCAAGUGGAGACAUAGAAAGUGCUAUUCAGCUUAUACUGGACCGACAGGAGUCGGGGGAGUGUAUCAAACAGGUUGCUGAAAAAACAAGGAAGAAACCAAAUGUAUCUGUACUUGAUGAUAAGGAUCUGAAAGACACCCUUAUUGCCAGGUACUCCUAUGUUGAUGCUGAUGAACACAAGAAAACCUUCAGCCCUCUUGCACCAAAAGCUGAAUCUAAGAAGAUGGUGCGAUACCUGGAGAACAGAAUCGUUACCACAAAAGGAGAAAAAUUCACAGAAGUGAAGAAGGAUGAAGAUGAAGAUAUGAAGAAAACUUAUGUGAAUCUCAAACCGGCUAGAAAGUACCGAUUCCAUUAGUGAUAUGCACUCAAGACAGUUUUGUGUUCAUAAAUGUAGACUUCAGAUCAGUAAAGACUGGCAUUCAGAACAAUACGUAUAGGUCUGUCAUUAGUCAUACGGUAGUGUACAAAAUUGACCUCAAUUAACAAAACGGUCAUCACCAUCAGAAUGUAUUUUGUACUAAAGAUAUGCAAAAAUCUUUCCUUCUAUUUGUAAGAUCAAAUAUUUACAACUCAAAUAUCUUAUAAUAUUUAAAGAAUAUACAUUCAAUGUAUUGUGAUUUUCAUUUCUCAGUGUCAAAAACAAAUUGUAAAAGAAAAAUGAAUGAUUUGUAAAUAUUUAGUGAUCAGCAGGGAACAUGCUUUUGAAUCAUUUCAUUUACUUUUCACUUGUAUCUAAUAAUGCUAUAAAUAUAUUACUUUAUAAAUGCUAGUCACUGGCAUGUGAAAAUGAUUCUUAAAUUAACUAGCAGUGGAGACACAUUAUUUUACCCACCAAUAUUAGCCAACAUAAUAUUUGUGUCUGUUUUUCAACUGUAACAAUCCUUAUCUGUGUUUGUAGUACAGUUUAAGGCUGAAGUAUCUAGUAUGUUUUUUGUUUGCUAUGUUCGUUCAGAUUUCCAUCGAGUUUCUGACUCAUUAACUCAGAGUCUAUCUGCAUCAUAUUUACGGAUAUAUUCAUGAUUACAUGACUAAUACUUUAUAAAGACAUCAUUUUGACUAAUGGCGUGUUUAAGUGUAUUUUGUGAGUCGAUGUUUCUAUGUGUGUAAGUGUAUUUUGUGAGUCGAUGUUUCUAUGUGUGUAAGUGUGGUUUGUGAGUCCAUGUUUCUAUGUUUAAGUGUAUUUUGUGAGUCGAUGUUUCAUGGUGUGUGUGUGUGGUUUGUGAGUCGAUGUUUCUAUGUGUGUAAGUGUGGUUAGUGAGUCGAUGUUUCUAGGUGUGUAAGUGUGGUUUGUGAGUCGAUGUUUCUAUGUGUGUGUGGUUUGUGAGCCGAUGUUUCUAGGUGUGUAAGUGUGGUUUGUGAGUCGAUGUUUCAUUGAGUGUAAGUGUGGUUUGUGAGUCUAUGUUUCUAUGUGUGUUAGUGUGGUUUGUGAGCCGAUGUUUCUAGGUGUGUAAGUGUGGUUUGUGAGUCGAUGUUUCAUUGAGUGUAAGUGUGGUUUGUGAGUCUAUGUUUCUAUGUGUGUACGUGUGGUUUGUGAGUCGAUGUUUCUAUGUGUGUAAGUGUGGUUUGUGAGUCGAUGUUUCUAUGUGUGUAAGUGUUGUUUGUGAGUCGAUGUUUCUAUGUGUGUAAGUGUUGUUUGUGAGUCGAUGUUUCUAUGUGUGUUAGUGUGGUUUGUGAGUCGGUGUUUCUAUGUGUGUAAGUGUGGUUUGUGAGUCGAUGUUUCUAUGUGUGUAAGUGUGGUGUGUGAGUCGAUGUUUCUAUGUGUGUACGUGUGGUUUGUGAGUCGAUGUUUCUAUGUGUGUAAGUGUGGUUUGUGAGUCGAUGUUUCUAUGUGUGUAAGUGUUGUUUGUGAGUCGAUGUUUCUAUGUGUGUAAGUGUUGUUUGUGAGUCGAUGUUUCUAUGUGUGUAAGUGUGGUUUGUGAGUCGGUGUUUCUAUGUGUGUAAGUGUGGUUUGUGAGUCGAUGUUUCUAUGUGUGUAAGUGUGGUGUGUGAGUCGAUGUUUCUAUGUGUGUACGUGUGGUUUGUGAGUCGAUGUUUCUAUGUGUGUAAGUGUGGUUUGUGAGUCGAUGUUUCUAUGUGUGUAAGUGUUGUUUGUGAGUCGAUGUUUCUAUGUGUGUAAGUGUGGUUUGUGAGCCGAUGUUUCUAUGUGUGUGUGGUUUGUGAGUCGAUGUUUCUAUGUGUGUGUGGUUUGUGAGCCGAUGUUUCUAUGUGUGUAAGUGUGGUUUAUGAGUCAAUUACUACGACUGUACAGGUGCAGUUUAGAGUCAUUGACUGUGUAUAAGUGUAGUUCAGUUUCUGUGAGUGUAUUUUAUGAGUUUCUGUAUUGUGUUUUCUGUGACAGACCAAGUGUAGGAAUCUGAACAUGCAAAAGUACCAACAUAAUUUUGUUUUACAUAUUUUGAUUACUUCAUUACUAUUCUCACAAAAGAGGACCAGAAUUUUUUUUUCUCCCUCCUUUGCUGGUACAAUAGUAGUUAUCUCCCUUGUGAUUAGUGUUGUGGCCAGAUGAUCAACGGAAAUAGAACUUGCGCAAAUGAUGUUAACAUUCAUUUUUUUCAUUUUAAUGAUAUGAUUAAACAAACAGUUUUGAAAUAUAGUUUUAUAAUACUGAUAUUCCAUGUUUUACGUUAUUUAGAUGAGACCAACGGUGGAAGUUCCUAUGGGCCAAUAGUCCAACAUUCCACAAUAGUUUAGUAAGUACUGUAUCUAUAGUUUCUGAUCAACACAUAAUGCUACAAAACAGUUAGAAAAGCUACACAUCAGUAGGUAUAUGUCUAAACACUUGGCCGUCCUUCCUUCCACCAGUAGGAACACAGAUAUCUUUUUGAUUCUAGACAUUAUGUGUCUCAGCAUUUGUUCUGUUUCCAUUAAUUUCUCUGCUGUUAUAAAUGUGAUAUGUUUUUAUACAAUGAUUUUAAUUGUCACUGACAUUUUUCAUUUAGAAAAUAAAGAUAUGAAAAUAUGA